ACGCCCGCACACAAACAAAACGAAAACGAAAGUUAUUGUUUUUGUUUCUCAACAAAACAACCAACUGUACGUCGGAGGCGGCUGUUUAGGCAGACGUCCCGCUUGCAGCAGCAGUGUCGGGAAGUUGCCCAAUGGCCAUUUUAGAGUUUCUUAAACUUGACGAGGAGACGUACCCUCCGAGAGCCCGCCGGAGCGCUCGGAAAAACUGGUGACAACUUUCCGAGAGUGCCAUCAUCUGGAACCAUGGCGCAACGACAAAAAGUCUUGGACGAGAUGCCAGUGCCGGAAACUCAGCAACCGGGUCAAUCCAAGGGACGGUCUGUCUCGACUUCCAGAUUACUGGAAUGGAUGCUGCUGGUACCAGCAAGGCACAUCUUCGUCCUCAUGGGUUUCUUGGGCCUGGUGAACGUCUACACGCUACGAGUCAGCCUGAGCGUCGCCAUAGUCGCCAUGGUGCGCCACACGGAGCACCCUCCAGUGGCCACGGUUGGAAACUUAUCUUCUGCUAGCGAGACGCAGACGCAGUGCCUUCCCCGCAAUCCACAGUUGAUGGAGCAAGCCAACGUGACGUCUGUAGGACUGGGACACAGUGCUGCUACAUUUGACUGGGACUCAAGUGUACAGGGGUUGGUGCUGGGGUCUUUUUUCUACGGCUACAUCUUGACUGUGAUCCCUGGAGGCGUACUGGCGGAGCAGUUUGGACCAAAAUGGCUGAUCGGUGGUGGCAUCCUCAUCACCAGCGUCCUUUCCCUUCUGAUCCCAUUGGCUGCCAAUCUUCAUCACCUUGCUGUGGUCGCCAUCCGCAUUCUUCAGGGAUUGGCCGAGGGGGUGACAUUCCCGGCGAUGCACUGCAUGAUAUCCCUGUGGACUCCGAUCACGUCCCGGAGCCGGGUUGUCUCCGUCAUCCAAGCGGGCUCGGACGUUGGCGCCGUCGUGGCCAUGAUUGGCUCGGGGCUACUUGCCGACUCUGGGUUUCUCGGUGGCUGGCCGUCCAUUUUUUAUGUCUUUGGGUUGUUUGGCAUACUCUGGUUUUUGACGUGGUGCUUCCUUGUGUACGACACCCCCAUGGACCAUCCUCGCAUCUCUACGAAGGAACUGGACUACAUCCUUUCAAACCAGGGUUCUGAGCAGGCCGAGCUGAAGAAGAAGGUUCCGUGGCGCAAGGUGUUGCUCUCUGCAGCUGUGUGGUCUGGCCUCCUAUCUCAUUUCGGCUUCAACUGGAUCCACUACAUCUUCCUCACCGAGAUGCCCACCUACCUGACGUCUGUACUGCGUUACGACCUAGGAUCUAAUGGUCUGCUCUCUGCCAUUCCUAAUAUCCUUGGAGCUCUGUUCAGCUGCCUGGGAAGUGUGAUCUCGGACUGUCUACGUAAACGCCAUUGCAUGUCCAUCACUACCAACCGUAAGGUCUUCAACAGCAUUGGGGUGCUGGUGCCGGGCCUGUUCCUCAUACUGGUGCCUACGGCCGGAUGCAACGGCUUCUGGAACAUGAUGCUGCUCAGCGCUGCUGGGGCACUUCAUGGGAUGGGACACAGCGGAUUCAUGGCCGCCUACAUCGACAUGGCUCCCGAUUUUGCGGGUACGUUGCUGGGAAUCUCAAAUAUUGGCGGCAGCAUCCCAGGUUUUGCAAUACCAUCCUUGCUGGGCUGGCUUGUGAAAGACGAGGGCUUCCUCGCGCAGUGGGCAGCAUUCUUUUAUAUCGGCAGCGUUAUUGCCAUUUUGGCGGCCCUCGAGUUCGUGCUUUUCGGCUCGGCGGACCUUCAAAGUUGGGGCCUGGGUUUGGUGAACGUGAGUGUGGUCAAGUACGGUGCCUCCUCGUCCCGGGCAUCCUCUCCUCCCACCGACCUACCACGAGUGCCACCCAAGUGCACGGACCUUGAAGUCGACCUGCCGCUCUAGUCGUUAUGAUCUUUACUCAUUGCUUGUGCCAUUGUGUGGGUUGGAGUGCAUAGAGACGGUUAUAGGAAUGCCAUUUGAUCGCCAUGCCACUGUGCCUAUACUGCCAUCGGUUUCACUUACACAUUACGGUGUCUUCGUUGCCUUACCACAUUGGCAAGAGCGAUUGGCGGCUGUCUGAGGCCGCUUGUCCAGAAAUCCGAGCGAUCGGGGUGGAGGCACAGAAUUAGUUUGGUGCCGAGCCCGGGAGUUCUCGGAGGAAAUGUUUGGGGGAUAGGUUGCACCUUGGCAGCGCUAUGCUUUGCCGCAUGGCAGUGCUGCAUGGGUGAGAAGUGCUUCCCUAAAACUACCUGUUGCUCAUACGGGUGUCUGCCCUGACAGGUCGUGUAGUAUAGUGUAAAUAAUUUUGGCAAUUAGAUGAGGAGAAGUGGCACUUGUUGAAGGACUUGUACAAUCCAUGUUGGUUGGGGCAGGUAUUGCCAGUUUGGGUGAAGCCUUGCCGAGUUGAGGUGUUUCUUGCCAACUUUUGGCACAGUUUACUAGGUUUUUCAAUUGAGCAUCGUGUUAUGAAAUAAGGGUAAUGGCGCAGGGUAGCGUGGUGAGCAGUCUUACUUAUAGAACUCUGAGACUAGGGGGAAAAAAGCAAAGAAAAAGAGAAUUGGGCAACAGAACGGCGUCUCAACACUACGUUUUGAGAUGUCGUCGUUUUGGCCCUUUUUCUUCUUUUUUUUUUUCUUUCGGCUUUAUAAGUUUAACAUUAUAUUGAUUGACAAUCUACAGUUUCCGCCCGAUUUUUCGGAUUUCGCAGGGACCGAAAAAACAUCCGAAUAAUAGAGCAGUCUGAAAAAUGAGCAGAUUAAAAUAUUUGCCUUUAUUACGCCUAAGCGGACUUAAAAAAUCCGUCAAUAGUGAUUUGCUUCAGGUUACGCCUCAGCUUGCGUUCUUUCACUUUCUAUUAGCUUGAGAAUUGCUGUCUUCUUUUCUAAUGUUAUGGUCGAAUACUUUCUGUGCUUCUGAGCAAAACUUCGCGGCAGCGGAAAAACUGAUGGGGCCAUGACGUCCAAGCCAGUGUAGUCCAAAAACACAAUUCACCGAGAUGAGAUGAGAUGAGAGGCGCAAGGUGCACGACUGCAAACUAAUGAAUGAACAAAAAAAAAAAAAAUGGUAACAGUGAUGAUGAUAAUGAUGCACAGCUAGAGAGAAAAAAAAAAGGCUCGAGGUACACCUAAGCACUUCUUCAGUUGUGAAUGCGAAUGCCAUUCUUCCGCUCCCGAGUUUCCUUUGCGGUGUAUUUGCGUCGGCUGUGCGUGCGCUCUCCCAGCUCUCCUCGCAGCUUUGACCUUGGACGCUUUGUGUUACAGGCGUGCUCGCGGCGCGGACACGCAGUGCCAUGGGGCGGCGGUCGUUGAAACUGACGUGUACAACGGCCAAUGGGAGCCUCGUCGACGCGCGCCAGCCAAAAAGACUGAAGGCGAAAUUAGGUGCCGUUGUCUAGGCUUUUCGCGUGGUUUCAUAGCUGGGAGCUGGCUUCACUUGGAGAAAGGAUUUAAGGUGCCGUUUGGCGCGCAUCGAACUGAUGACGUCUGUUCUCUCCAUGGGACCCCCAGUUAAUGCUUUCACAUUAAAAAAAAGCCACAGCAUGGCGUCACCUAGUGAUGGGACUUAGCAGUACUCAAGUAGUGCUGCCAAACCAAGCCAAUCCAUGUGCAGCCAACAUAGAAUCUAAAAUGGUGGCUUCCCGGUGGUUUUUCCUUCUGGUCGUUCACGACGAUUCUGUCCAAAAAUUGAACUUUUGGACUUCAAGCUGUCCGAAACAUCGGUCGUGAAUAUGCAUUAUUUCUAUCGGGUAGGUUACGGUUUUUCCUUUAGGUCAGAAAUAUCGAACAAGUCCGAAUUAUUGGCGACCAAAAAAUUAGUCGGCGACCGUAUACAUGUUUUUUAAAAACCUGAAAAAAAGAAAAAUGCAUUGCUUCUGAUGUUUCUGGUGUUUAAACUAUAUAUUGAAUGAACAAAUAUUUCUUCCCUUUGCUACUCUGGGAAAAGGAUUUAUCCUGAAAUACAGGGCAAGCGCCCACUCAAAUUUUGGAGAUAGUCACGUAAAAAUGGGGGAUUGGCGCAUGUCCGGUCAUCAAUUUUACAUAUAAAUUUACUGUGCGUAUUUCCUCAGAUCUUACAAAUUUGGGAAUGGGUGGAUGCACAGUAUUUUAUGGUAGUAUUGUUAUAAACACCUAAGAAAAAAGACCUAUGCAAAGAAACAUUGCUGUUCGUUUGUUUCUGAUUUGACGCAGACACGGAUACCUGCAUGCAGAUCAGCAAAGAUUGCCCAUCAUAUGUGACGAACCUGUGCUGCUUAUGGUUACAUGCACAAUGUAUAAUUGUUUUUGCAGUUUUGUAUGGAAAGACUUAUGGCAUGAUUUUAUAUGCCAUAAAAUAUUUACAAAACAGCAGGUGGAUACAACUGUGGGUGGAUUAACAGAAUUUCUGGAUCAAGGAAGGGGUGGUCUAUGGAGACUAUCCACAUGCAAAGGACCAGAUGCAAUGUGAUAGUUAUUUUAAAAAAGUGGAGCUUUCAAAGUAAUCCAUCAUUCAUUUUGUGCGCUUGCACAGAUUCUACUCAAAUUCGUAGACACGCACCUCUGUGAUACCAUAUGCGCCAGCAAAAACAAAGUGCUUCAAGUAUUAUGGUCACCCCUGAAAGAUCUUUUAGUUCUAGGCUACUUCUAGCAUUUUUGCAUGCAGUUCCUCGUUUGUAAUGCAAUGUUACCUAUGGGGUUGUAACUGUUUACUUUCUGUUUUGUACCAGCUAUGACAAUGUCACGAUAGUAUCAUACAUUAGAAACUGAAUAGUUUAUAUAUUCUGCAAGUAUUUGGGCUUGUACGUCGUGAUAUGAGACGUUUGCUCUUUGCUACUAGUGAACUACUGCGCCUUUUUUGUAUGGGUACUGCAUUUGUGUUAAGCACUUUUCCACAAACAUUUUUGUUAGUUAAAUAUAAUUAAAUAAAUGUAAGAUAAAGUUUUAAAAAAUCGAAGAGAGCAUAUAUGUUAAAGCAGCAAAUAUUUCUUAGUGUAUUAUACAUAUUUUUUAUAUUCUGAGCUUUGAUUAAAAUAUUAAUUUCAUUUAUUGUCCUCGGCUGCGAUAAAGCUUGGCAUCUCGUUAUUGUGCGCUUAUGUUUUCUGCUACAACGGCAGCAUCUGUGGCAUAAUCUUUUAAAGGAAAUUUGUAUCAGUAUUGUGUUUAGAACUUGAAUCAUUACUUCAGUGUUUUUUUUUUAAAGAGCUAUUGAACAAUGCAUGUUCAACAUUACAUGUUAAACAUAUAGGAAAUAUUUCUGUACUGAGAUUUACAUUUUGGCACAGUGCAUUCCCUGUUAACAACCUUGUUCCUCCAUUUCUUGUGGAUAGUGUGCCAAUAAUUUAGUGUUGGAACGCAUUUCUUUAGUUUUG